AAUAUGCUUCGUGGAAGGAUUCCAGCAGCAUUUGGUUACUGGACCAAUCUUUCAACGAUUGAUCUUUCAGAAAAUAUGUUUUAUGGCUCCAUACCUGCAGAACUUGGAAAGCUUCAAAAUCUUGUAAGACUCAGCAUUUCUUCAAACAGACUGACUGGACAAAUUCCCUUUCAUUUGAGUAACUCCGCAAAACUGGCAGAGUUGGAUCUCAGCAACAACAAUCUUUCAGGAAGAAUUCCUAAAGAAAUUGCAUCAUCUUCAGUAUUGACAAAUCUUCUACUCCAGGACAACAAACUUUCUGGUGCUCUUCCAGACACUUUCUCCUCCUCACAAAAGCUUGUAAAGCUGCAGCUGGAGAAUAACUUGCUCGAAGGCCCAAUUCCAUGCAGUCUGAGUAAGCUUAUGCAACCUGGUUUUUCAGUAAAUCUGAGCAUGAAUAAGUUUACGGGUGAAAUUCCUAGGUGCCUAGGCAAUCUAGAUAAAUUAGAGAUCCUUGACAUAUCAAGCAACAACUUGUCUGGUGCGAUACCAUCAGAAAUGGACAACAUGAGGUCUCUUUCAUUUCUCAACAUAUCAUUUAAUAACUUGUCGGGGAAGAUACCCAAUACAUGGGAAAAACUAUUAAGUUCACAUCCAGGAUCUGCCCUGGGAAAUCCAGGACUCUGCUUAUCAGGCACUGAAGGUAGCAACUGCAAGCAUGUGACAGAAUCACAUGUAAAAUGGAAGACUUUAGCUGGUAUAAUUAGUGGAUCUGUGCUUUCCAUGGCAAUCAUAGUUGCUGCAAUUUACUUAGUAGUGACUCGGUCCCUGCUGAAUAAGCAUCGGCUCAUCAAGUGUCAAUCAGGAAUUGAAGACCUACCUGAUGGUAUAAAUUUUGAGGACAUUGUACAUGCAACAGAAGGAUGGAGCGAAAAAUAUGUUAUUGGAAGAGGCAAGCAUGGAACUGUUUAUAAGAUGGAAACUGAGAAAUCCAAAAAGCUUUGGGCUGUCAAGAAGGUUGACUUAGCUCAGGGAGCAUUCAACGAUGAAAUGAGAAGCCUAAAUUCUGUCAGACACCGGAAUUUGGUAAGAUUGGGAGGAUACUGCAUAAAACAUGGAUAUGGCUUCAUUCUAACAGAAUUUAUCCCUGGAGGGACUCUUCAUGAUGUCCUUCACCAGAGAAAACCACCUGUUAUCCUGGACUGGGAGUCCCGCCAUAGCAUUGCUCUUGGUAUUGCUCAAGGUCUGUCAUAUCUUCACCAUGAUUCUGUCCCUCAAAUCAUUCACAGAGAUCUCAAAUCAGAUAAUGUAAUGUUGGAUUCUGAGAUGGUGCCAAAGAUUGGAGACUUCGGGAUUGCUAAAAUAGUAUCAGAUGAUGAAAACUCGACAAACUCCAAAAUUGUUGGGACCCUAGGAUACAUUGCUCCAGAGAACGCAUACUCAGUUCAAUUGACAGAGAAAAGUGAUGUCUAUAGCUACGGAGUUCUUCUAUUGGAGCUCUUCUGCAGAAAAAUGCCAGUAGACCCCAGCUUUGAAGAAGGAUUAGACAUUGUUUUCUGGGUGAGAAAGAACUUGCAGAGAAGCAACAAUUUCCAUUGUUUUCUUGAUGAAGAAAUUAGUCUCUGGGAUGUAGAAGAACAAUGGAAGGCCCUGAAAAUAGUGGAUUUGGCGCUUCAAUGUGCUCAACUCGAGGCAAGCACCAGGCCUGCAAUGAGCGAUGUAGUAAGGUCUCUUGACGAGUUAAAUAAUAGAUGUAAAGGGAAGAAAUGAAACUUUUAGUGGUGAAACCCAUGAUCAACUUUCCCAAAUACCAACAUCUCUUUUUUUUUUUGGCUUACAUAUAAAAUUGGACUAAGAAAAUGCAUGAUGUUUCAGUUUAACUUUGUGACAUCCAAUGCAACAACAUAGACAAAGAAAAUGCAUGAUGUUUCAAAUCAAUUUUUGGUAAAA